AUGGUCUAUUCUCGCUCGAAAAGCUCUCCGCCUGCGUACGAAAACAUCGACUCCAAGGGAAGAGCAAAGAUGUAUGCAAGAGACCGGUCGAAACUUGCGACACUCGGGGUGAUUGCAGUCGUUGUAAUCAUCGUUGUCGGAGUCGUGGUUGGCGCAGUCUUCGGGUCAAGAUCAAACGCAUAUCCUGACUACACUGCCUUGAACUACGCCCUCAUCGAUACGUACAGCGGCACAGAUUUCUUCGACAACUUCGACUACUUCACAGGAGAUGACCCAACCGCUGGCUUCGUCCAUUAUGUAGACUCCGCCGUAGCUACGUCGGCUCAGUACAACCUCACGUACGCCUCGUCCUAUUCUGCAGUCCUACGAGUCGACACGUCGGAAACGAAUGCCAGCACCGGACGUUACAGUGUGAGAAUCACAUCGAAGAGAAAAUACAAUGCGGGCUUGUUCGKUUUCGRCGUGCUGAGUGCCCCUUAUGGCUGCAGUACCUGGCCCGCUUUAUGGCUAGCAGACCCAUCACACUGGCCCGCUCACGGCGAGAUUGACGUGAUGGAGUCUGUCAACCAAGCGGCUGCAGGGAACCAGGUCACGCUACAUACUUCCGCCGGAUGCAAAAUGAUCGCCAAGCGUAAGGAGACCGGGAGCGUGGUUCACAAGGAUUGUCGUAACUCCACAAACGACAAUGCAGGGUGCGGAGUUAGAGGUGAGGUAAACACAGCGGGUCAAGCAUUUAACGAGAACGGAGGCGCCAUAUACGCCUUGGAAUGGAGGACCGCAGGCAUCCGGGUGUGGUUCUUUGAUCGAGACUCCAUCCCACACGAUCUUUCAGAGGAGGUGGCGAACACCACAGUACCAGACCCAAGAAAAUGGUCUACACCGCUGGCAGAUUUCCCGAGUACAAAUUGCGAUGUCAGCAGCCACUUCAAAAACCAGAGCAUCAUUGCCAAUAUCGAUCUCUGUGGAGCGUGGGCGGGUGCAACCAGCAUUUACAACACCAAAGACGCUUGUCCUGGUCUCUGUACGGACUUUGUUACCAAAAACAAUACUGCGUACAAAACGGCUUAUUGGGAAUGGAGAAGCUGGCGAGUAUAUCAAGCUGUGUGA